CUCUGGUUCUAGUUUUGGCGCCAAGCUACACGGAGGAUUUCUCUAUUGGGAAGCGGACGCCGGCGGGACCGUGAUUUGUUCCCGACCUGGAUAAGACGCGAUGAGCGGUGACGGUCAGCCGCAGACCAGCUCCCUCAAUGGGUAUACUUGUGAGAUGACCUGUAAAAAACGAGAUGAUUACUUGGAGUGGCCUGAAUAUUUCAUGGCUGUAGCAUUCUUGUCAGCACAAAGAAGCAAGGAUCCAAAUUCUCAGGUUGGUGCUUGCAUUGUGAAUUCAGAAAACAAGAUUGUUGGAAUUGGAUACAAUGGGAUGCCUAAUGGAUGCAGUGAUGACCUCCUACCUUGGACAAGAACAGCAGAUAGUAAACUUGACACAAAAUAUCCCUAUGUAUGUCAUGCUGAACUGAAUGCCAUAAUGAACAAGAAUUCUGCUGAUGUGAAAGGCUGCAGCAUGUAUGUUGCCCUGUUUCCAUGUAAUGAAUGUGCAAAGCUCAUCAUCCAGGCAGGUAUAAAAGAAGUCAUUUUUAUGUCUGAUAAAUAUCAUGGUACUCCGGAGAUGAUAGCUGCACGGCGCUUAUUUGAUCUAGCUGGAAUUUUGUACAGAAAAUUCAAACCAAAGUGCAGUAAGAUCAUCAUUGAUUUUGAUUCAAUUAACAGCAAACCAAGUCAAAAGCCUCUGUGAGUUACAUCUAAUUAAAUCUCUAGAAGAGUAUGAUUAUCCUUUUCUUAGAAGCUGCUAAUGCCUUUCAUCUUGAAGUUAGGCAUAACUUUUUAAUAGCCACUACAGUUUAAGCAGAUCUAAGGAAUGUGUCAGAACUUGAACAUUUUUGCUUUCCCUGCUAUACAUUUAAACUUUGACUUCCAGGAUUUUACUAAGCCUUCUGUAAAUGAAACUGUAUGUGAGUUUUGGAUUAGUGGGUGAACAAUACAAAAGCCAUUCAAUACAUUGUGUCAAUUAUCUAAUAACUGACCUGACUGAAGGGAAAUAAAAUCACAACUAAUAUUCUGUGAAUAUUGACUUUAGAAGGACAGUUGAAGAAUCACUUUAGCAGCAUAUAACUGUAAGAACACAUGUCCUAGCUUAACUUAGUCCAGACUGCCUAGACAGUUAUGCAACAAAAUACUUUGAUAACAGAAAUCCAUGCCAAUACAUUACACCUUGAGACAUCCACUUAUUUAAUUGCUUCUCUUGCAGUGUUCUGUAUGAGUUAUACUUGAAAAUGUUUUGCAUUGGAUAUAAUUUUAGAAUAGCUUUCAUCCCCUUCUGCUCCGAAAUAUCUUACUUUUUUUAGAGGAUAUGAAUAAAUCAUUAGAACCAACAAGACUUCUUUGGAGCUGAGUUUUAUACCUAAACAGUAACUCUUCUAUUGGUCUAAAUCUCCGGGAGACAAUCUAAUAAUUUGCAGUGCUGAAACCAGCCUCUAAGGUAAUCGGUAUUUUCCUCUAAGGGAAAUGAAGAGGCUUAGGCCAUAUUGAGGCUGUACAUGCCUAAUGGAUCAUGGUUUUAGCUUGCUUUUAUUUGCUAAAAAUUGGCCUUGGGCCAUAAGUUUAAGAAACAUUGGUUAAAGCUACCACAAGCUUUCGGUAUAGAUUCUUUUAUUUGAUUUUGACAACGAAUGCUUUAUGUAUGUUUAGUUACUCCAAUUAUUUCAUUUUAAAAACAUGUAUUGUGAAGUUUGGUAUAUAUCUUUGUAUUAAAAUCAUUUUGUAAGUUAAGACAUUUUGUAAUUUGGCAUGAUACCAGUGUUAUAAAACUUCUAUUAAAAUCUUACUUUGUGAAA